UUCUUCACUUCUUUGAGUUCUUCGGCUUCUUACUUUUUACCGUUCGUAACAAAACACAACAGUAAUUCAGAAAUAAAUUCUGUAUUUCAAUAAUAUAUUUUAGCAAGGCACUUCUACAUUAUUUAAGUAAUAUGUCACAAAAGCUAUUAAAUAGUUUUAAUAUACUUGAAGAGUAUGAAAAUAUUCACGCUAAAUGGUGUGCUGAUUUAAUAGCAAAUGGACGACAAACACUGCAAUCACUAUGUAAUAUUAUUGAUAAUGAUCUAUUAGUAAAUUUGAUGGACAGUUUUAUGAGAUUUGUUUCAUUACUUGCUCAAUGUAAUACUAAUUCAUUAUCUAAUGAAAAAAUCACAUGUAAACCUAAAGAUCUCAAUUUAAAACAACAAAAUGAAAGUCAAGAUUUAUUACUAAAAAAUGAUAUUAUUAAGGUGAUGAAUAGUGAUCUCCAAUGUCCAAUUUGUAAUGAAUGGUUAUUUAAAGCAACUUCUGCGAAUUGCAAUCAUACAUUUUGUGAAACAUGCAUCAAAAAAUGGUUAAAAAUAAAUAAAGCAUGUCCAGUUUGCCGAACAUCUAUCCAAUAUACUUCUACUUCUCUAACAGUAGACAAUUUUAUCACAAAUUUGUGUCACUUAUUUGGUGGUUUAACCAAGGAACGACGAGAAUCAAUAAUGAAUGCUCAUAUAGAUGAAAAGAAUAAAAAAACUGAUGUUACAGUUGAUGAAUUGAUUGUUGAUUUAAAUAUUAAUCAGUCAAUUGAAGAUGAUACAUUUAUUAGCCAAGUCGAUACAACAAUGUUACAUCACAAUAUGGUCCGUUUAAUACCUUGUCCUCAAACACCUGUGUCUAGAGAAAAUUCAAGGCAACCAACAGUUAGCCCAAAUAUACCUCAUCCUAACACAGUUCAAUUAUUACCUUUUCCUCAAUCAUCUGUAGCAUCUGUAGCUAGCCCACGUUCUAAUCGCCUUCAACCAACAUCUUCAACAUAUGUGAUCAGCUCACGUCAUGUUAAUCGUUUUCAACCCACUACUUCGUCAUCUGUAUCAAGUCCACGUGUUAAUCGUUUACAACCCACUUCUCCGUUAUCUGUGAUCAGCUCGGGUAUUUAUCGAUACUCCUAUGAAAAUUUCUGGUUCUACCACUGA